CGACUUCCGUGACGGACGCGCGCGCCCGCUCUACGCAACGGACCAUGUAAAACACCUUCAGAAUGACGGAGUACGAGAAGAUCAAGGCGGAGUGGCAGCAGCGGGGCCAGCUGUGGGAGGACCCCGACUUCCCCGCGGCGCAGGCCUCCGUCUUCUACCACCAGACGCCGCCCUUCCACUUCGUGUGGAAGAGGGCCAAGGAGAUAUACACGGACCCGACCUUCGUGAGAGACAACUGUGACAUAUUCGACGUCGUUCCAGGGAAAUUAGGCGACAAAUGGCUGGUGUCCUGUCUAUCGGUACUAUUCCUGAGUAAAGGUCUGCUGUACCGCGUGGUGCCCGCCGACCAACGCGUGGACGCCGGGUACGCUGGCAUCUUCAGAUUCCGUAUCUGGUGGUGCGGCCAAUGGCUCGAAGUCCUCGUGGACGACCGACUGCCCACCGUCAAUGGGAAGCUGGCGUUCUUGCAGACCAGCUCCACAGAGCAGCUGUGGCCAGCUUUGUUGGAGAAGGCGUACGCCAAGCUCCACGGUUCCUACGAAGCCCUAAAGUACGGGAGCCUCCUCGACGGCAUGGCAGACCUCACCGGCGGCAUCACGGAGUCCCAACUCGUCCGCGAGCUGACUGACGGCCACUCCCUAGCUAACCUACUGCGGGCUACCAGCGUGGUCACGGCACAUUACCAACCCGGGGGGGUGGAACAACGUGGCCUGGAGCCCGAGAUGAACUACCGGGUAUACAGUUGCGAAGAUAUAAUGACGGACGAAGGCCUCGUGCAGCAGGUGCGUCUGCGCAGGCCCCUGACGGCGCGGGACUCGCCACGGGACGAGGCCGACCGUAAGAUCGCAAGCGCCGACCGCGAGCGCCUAAACGCGCCAAGCGUCGAGUUCACGAUGACCUUCGCGGAGUUCCAACGCCUGUUCCACCGUGUGGAGACAGUCCAUCUUGACGCUGAGACCUCUUGGCCAGAGCCGACGCUAGCCGAGAAGACCAAGUGGCAGGUUAAGAUGCACCAGGGGGCGUGGCGACGGGGGGUGACAGCUGGAGGAUGCAGGAAUUAUGUCCAUUUCUUCCACAUGAACCCCCAAAUCCAGAUAGUGGUCUCGGAGACCGACACGCUCGUGGUCUCGCUCAACCAGCACAGCGUGAUGGAGCCCAAGGUCAUCGGCUUUAGUAUCUACAAGCUGCCGAAGCUGCUCGUCGAGACAGCUACCCCGAACCAGUUCAAGAAACUCAAGAGCACAGUUAAUUCGCAGUAUACGAAUAGCAGACAAGUCAGUCACAGAUGCGACCUCCAGCCCGGCUCAUACCUCAUAAUGCCGACGACCUUCGAGCCCCGCGAGGAGGCCAACUUCUCCCUCCGCAUAUUCUCCACGAAGACUGUGAGGAUGAGGGCCUUGGACUCCGCCCCGCAGAUGAUCAAGGCCGCCGUCAUUAGGGCCCCGCCUGGCUUGGAGCUGAGCCGAUCUGUCAGUCCCGAACAUGAAGAGCUUAAACAGCUCUUCGCGCAGUACGAGGCGAUCUUCCUGCAGUUGGCCGACGAGCACCGAACCAUAGACGCCUUCGAGCUGCAAGAGCUGCUGGACGCCUGCCUCCCCAACGACUACAUCAAGAGCUGCGCGUCCAUUGACACGUGCAAGCAGAUUGUCCUAUCGCUUGAUAAAACAGGCACCGGCCGCAUCAGCCUAGCCAACUUCAAGGACCUGAUGUGCUCCCUCAAGCAUUGGCAGAUGGUGUUCAAGGCUCACGCGCGGGAGAAGAUGGGAGUAUUGCUAGCGGAGAGGCUCAGGGAUGCACUACGAGAGGUUGGCUUCGUGGUCCCCGACAGGGCCAUGACGCUCCUCCUGCUGCGGUACAUGCGGAAAGACGGCAUGCUCCGGUUUGGGGACUUCGUGUCCACCGUCAUGCAUCUCCAUAGAGCGUUCAACGUGUUCUACUCAAACGCCGCUACUUCUAACUACAUAAACUUGAACCUAUCUGAGUGGCUGAAAUGUGCGCUAACCUGUUAAACAUCAGUUGGACUCCAUUUUUGUUAUGUUUGUGUUUAUGGACGAUUUCAUAUCGACAAUGAAAAAUAGUUUUUAAAUGACUUCUUCAAACGUUUUUGUGCUAAUCGUGUACUAUUUCGAUAGUUAAAUGUUUGUCAUUAUAAAGAGAAUUAACAAAAAAAGAAAACUAACUUUAAACUUAAACUAAAAAUUAAGAAAAACAGUAAGUGUAUAGUGAACUAGAACCAUACUAGAACUAGAACUCUUGAUUGUAAUUACCUACUUAUUAGUAGAUACAUUUUUGACAGUAUUCAAGAUAAAUGUCAUAGAUUAAGAACACUCUAAAUUAAAUAUACAUAAAUGCGCCCUACACACGUAAUAUAACACAAUUACAACUAUUGAACUAGAAUAAAUAUGUAAAAUCUUAUGCUAUAAGAUUCAACUUUUACGACUAGAAUAAUUAUUUGUUUGUGUUUCCUAAAUUACCUAAUAUUUACUCGUAUCUUUUCAUAGUCUUUAGACAGAAUUCUUAAGCUUUUUAUACAACAAAAAAUAUGUACUUAAAUAGCAAAAUUCGCGUUUCGUUUAUAACGAAAUCUUCAAUUAUUUCCCGAGAAAUUUUAAAUAUUAAUAAUUAUAAAUUUAUUAAUAAAUAAUCAAAUUUGUCUUUAAGCCACAAAUAUUAAAAAUAUUUUUUUGAAAUGCGUGUGUAGGCUAGCAUUACAAUUGAAUACUCGAUGCAUUUAAAAUUAAACUAAUGUAAAUGUUAUUAAUUAAGUCAAGAAAUUUUAUUAUAAACGAUCUCGCUUUAAAAAUAAAAGUAUUUUUAAGUGACACUUCUAAAGAUCAUCAUGGCGUGGAUUUAUUUUAUUAUGCAUUCUACACUUUGGAAUUUACAAUUCUUUACGGAUUGCUAAAAAGUCGCAGACAAAAAAUAACAUCUGCAAAAAAUAGUUUGCAGCCCAUAACCUUGGUGAUCUUUGGAGUAUUGGAUCUAGUUAAUAUCUAUGCAAAUUAUAAUAAUAUCUUUAAUAAUUCCGCCGACUUAGAAUGUUUUAAAUUAAUUUUAUAUGUACUUAUCCUUUCCAUUAAACUUCAUAAUCCUCGAACACAUUCUAGUUGUAUCUGUAUUUUUCUAUAAAAACUGGGUAUUUAUUCUUGUGAAACUGUUGGUUUGCAUAUAGAAGCGAAAUGUUUUCAAUAGUCAAGUAAAAUACCUAAUAUGAACUUAUUAAGUUAAAAUUUAGAACUUAGUUGAAUGAAAAUUUAAGCUAAUGAAACUUAUAUUACAUUAACACUUUUGGUGCCAAGCGCUACAUUUUUAUUUUAACACAACCUUACUGCUUUUUCACAUUAUCCGAUCCGAUAUCGGAUGUCGGAAGGAUUUCAAAGGCAAAAAUCUAAAAUGGCAGCUUCAAUGUAUGGGAUAUCGGUCCUACAUCCGAUAUCAGAUCGGAUAAUGUGAAAACGGGUUUACUUGGCAGUAAAUGUUUUAAACUAUUUGCAAAACUCGUGGAUAUAAUCCACCCAUAGUUGUACGUAUAGCUAGUUCUAUAAGUUAUAUAAGUGAAUUUAUUCUUUGGCAUUCCUGUAGCCUUUAAAUUAGAUAUACAUACAGUCAUACAUCUGUUUAGCAUAGAUAUUUUGGCCUGGCUAACCAUUUUGUCAGUAGGAAAGGAGCGAAAUUAAGCUAUUCUGAGGAAAGUAAACCCCUGCAAUUGUCCAUUUUGUCGCAUUUUCUUCUGGUGGAAAUGUCUUUCCAAAUAACAUUUUUUUAAAAGACUUUUCCAUUAUUACUGGGCAUAUUACAGUAAUAUACUCAUAGCUCAUAGUAGUCAUAAAUGAAAGAUUCCUGGGUGCGUAGCCGAAUGGCACAAACGCUCAUGAAACGAAACGCUCGUAGAUAUCUAUCCAUCGCUUUUGCGUAUUGGCGCGACAGAGCCAGACUACCUUUCGCAGCGUUUAAUUUUCGUUUCGCGUCGCAGAAAUUCCAUUCGGCUACGGCACCAGAUACUCAUGUUGGGUACAUAACAUACACAAAAACUUUUUAAUUAUAACGUAAUUAAUUGAAAUUUACUGCUUGCCUGCGUACCUAUUUCCUAAAGAUUGUACAACUGUUAUGCGUUCGUAUUUUAAUCAUACUUUGCCACACCUAUCGUGUGGAAUGUGUGCGUAAAAAUACGGAAGCAUAUAAAAGAAUGCCUAAAGGCAUUAAGUCCGCCAAUUGUACUCUUGUUUUUGUGUGCAAUGAAAUUUAAAAUAAAUAACAUUAAACGAAAAGCACAAUAGAAAUGGACAAAAGCACGAAACAGCAGAAUAUAAUAUAAUUUGAGCAAAAUAUUUCUUUGAAAUGCUUAAAUAAGUGUUGUUAUAGUUUUUAUUAGGUAGAAAAGUAUUGUAUAUUACAAUUCACUGCAUCAGCACAUACGUCCCUAGUUUAGAUAGUGUUGUAGUGAACGACGUCAAUGUCAUGCUUAUAUAUUCUAAUAACAUAACAUUUACCGCAUUUAAAUGACAAAAAAAAACUUUAUUCAAUUUUAUGUAGUGAAUAGAAUAGGUCGAAUUUAGGUUCAGUCACAUGUAGCUAAAUAACAGCGUUUUAACACUAUCCGAUCCGAUAUCGGAUGUAGGAAGUUUUAUUUCACGUAGCAAGAAAAAAAUCUAUUACAACGUAUUCUCAGAUCUUCUAUAAAAUUAACAUAUUCGUAAUAAGUGUGUAGAAACCAAGUGAAUAUUUAUAAAUGUCCAAUUCGGAAUUUAGAUGUGUUGUGAUUUAAUAGUGAUAAGAAAAUAUUUUUGGUCUAUUACUUCACCACUUGAGCAUCUAGUAAAAAUCUAAUCUUACUCUUUAGACGAAUAUACAAAUUAAACUGUUUAAUAUUUGAAUUGAAUCAUUAAAAAGAAAAUAUGUGAGCUGUCAAGGGUAAAUAUGAGCUUAACUAUAUGUACAGUCAACCAAUUGGAACCCUUGGGCACUGUAGAACUAUGUCUCAGUGACGCUAUAAAUCAGAUUGUAAGAAAUGUCUUACUGCUUAUCAUUUUGACAUGGUUGUAGAGUGGUCUAGGGUUCCAAUUGGUUGACUGUACUUUACUUUUUAUGUAUAGACUGUAUGAGGUGCUCAAAGGGAGGUAUUUCAAAAUUCUACCUAUACCUAUCUAUAUCUUAAAAAGAUAUUUAUUUAUACUUAUACACAUCUAUUUAAUAGAAUUAUAAAAAUUUAAAUUACUCUAAAUAUUAGCUCAACCUAAGUUAGUAAAGCCUGACCAGAAAUAUAUGACUAUUGUCCAGAGGGCGCUGUUAUUCUGAUGUAUGGGGUGACAGUUCAAUAUAGUAUGAAGAAAAUAGUUCUAAUGAAAUUCCGCAAGAUGGCGCGUA